UGUCUUUUACUUUUUACGAUGUCUUCUGGCUUUUGUGAGCUGUAUCUGUGAACUUUACUUUUACAAGGCCGUGUGCAAGAAGUUUGGGCUGCAUGUGAGUCGAAUGAUGCUAGCCUUCUUGGUUCUCAGCACUGGCAUGUUCUGCUCAUCUUCAGCAUUUCUCCCAAGUAGUUUCUGUAUGUAUACUACACUGAUAGCCGUGACUGGGUGGUAUAUGGAUAAGACUUCCACUGCUGUGCUUGGAGUAGCAGCAGGGGCUAUCGUAGGCUGGCCAUUCAGUGCGGCUCUUGGUUUACCUAUUGCCUUUGACUUGCUAGUCAUGAAACACAGAUGGAAGAGUUUCUUUCAUUGGUCACUGGUAGCCCUAAUACUCUUUCUGGUGCCUGUGGUGGUGAUUGAUAGCUACUAUUAUGGGAAGUUGGUGAUUGCACCACUCAACAUUGUUUUGUAUAAUGUCUUUACUCCACAUGGACCUGAUCUUUAUGGUACAGAACCCUGGCAUUUCUAUUUAAUUAAUGGAUUUCUGAAUUUUAAUGUAGUCUUUGUUUUGGCUCUCCUGGUCUUACCACUGACUUCACUUAUGGAAUACCUACUGCAGAGAUUUCAUGUUCAGAAUUUAGGCCACCCAUAUUGGCUAACCUUGGCUCCAAUGUAUAUUUGGUUUAUAAUUUUCUUCAUCCAGCCUCACAAAGAAGAGAGAUUUCUUUUUCCUGUAUAUCCACUUAUUUGUCUCUGUGGCGCUGUGGCACUUUCUGCUCUUCAGCGAUACCGUCUGGAGCAUUAUACUGUGACCUCAAACUGGCUGGCAUUGGGAACACUCUUUCUGUUUGGACUCUUAUCUUUUUCUCGCUCUGUGGCACUGUUCAGAGGGUAUCAUGGGCCCCUUGAUUUGUAUCCAGAAUUUUACCGAAUUGCUACAGACCCAACUAUCCACACUGUCCCAGAGGGCCGGCCUGUUAAUGUCUGUGUAGGAAAAGAGUGGUAUCGAUUUCCUAGCAGCUUUCUUCUGCCCGAUAAUUGGCAACUUCAGUUCAUUCCAUCAGAGUUCAGGGGCCAGUUACCAAAACCUUUUGCAGAGGGACCAUUGGCUACCCGGAUUGUUCCCACUGACAUGAAUGACCAGAACCUAGAGGAGCCAUCCAGAUAUAUUGACAUCAGUAAAUGCCAUUAUUUAGUGGAUUUGGACACCAUGAGAGAAACACCCCGGGAGCCAAAAUAUUCAUCCAGCAGAGAAGAAUGGACCAGCUUGACCUACAGACCAUUCCUUGAUGCUUCUAGAUCUUCAAAGCUGCUGCGGGCAUUUUAUGUCCCCUUCCUGUCAGAUUGGUAUACAGUGUAUGCAAACUACACCAUCCUCAAACCCCGGAAAGCAAAGCAAAUCAGGAAGAAAAGUGGAGACCGGAGAAGAGCAGAAUCAACUCACAGGAAGAAUUGAAAAUCUCAGAACUGGAUGGCUGUGUCGAGCUGUUCUCCACACUCUGGCCUGGCGUCUGAGAGCUAGCAAGCCUCUUCUGGGCUCUGUGGGUUUCUCCACCAAAGCUGCUUGGCAGCUUCUAGCAGACCUUCUUGUUCAAUUACUAGUGCCGAAAAUGCGCACAGCAUAGUUACCAGCCUACCUGUCCUUCACCUCCAGCAAGACUGAGUUUCUCUGAAGUACCUCACAGACUAGGGCCCUGUCCUGGAGGCAUCUCAGGAAAGCAGCAGCCAUGUGAGGAGCUGAGACGUAACUUCAUUAUGUAGGACGCCUCUGAUUUUCGUUUUAUUUCCUUUACAACAAACUAUAACUUUGUGGGU